AUGGUGGAAGAGCAAAGGUUAAAAUGGCCAUGCCAGGAAUGUAGGAGUAGAGCUCCUAAGGUGGGAAAUCUUAAUACACCGGUGCGUAAUCUUAAGGAGGAUGAUAUUAUUAGGACGGAGGAACGGGAAUCUGUAUUGGGAAAUAUUACUCUCAGAAGGAAACAGAGUGUCUGCAAUAAAAAUUCUAAAAAUCAGGUGUCGGCUGGCUCGCCAAAAACAAAAGACGACUCACUUGUAUCAGCAAUUAGUGAGCAAGUUCAUGAUGUGAUUCUCUCGGAAUUGCCGGGUAUAAUUUCUAAUAUCAUGAAGACUGAACUGUCGUCCAUAAAGGAAGAUUUGUCUGAUUUCCGCAGGACUAUAGAAUUUGUUAGCGCGGGCUUUGACGAAAUGAGAAACACCGUGAAUAAACUCGCCAAAGAGAACUCGGACCUGUCGGUGGAAAAUAAGAUACUUAAAUCCAAUGUAUCAGAACUCUUGGACCGUUUGAACAAUGUGGAGCAGCAUCUGCGUGAGGAAAAUCUGGAGAUACAGGGAGUGCCGGAACACCGGAAUGAGAGCCUACCUAAUCUCUUGGAGCAAUGUGGCCGUGUGGUGGGUUGUAGUUUCGAUAAGGACGAUAUCGUGAAAUGCACUAGAGUGGCUAAACUAAACAGAGAGAGUAAACUUCCUCGUGCUAUUAUUGUCAAGUUUGGAAAUGCAAGAAAGCGUGACGAAUUUUAUUCAGCAGUAUAUAGGUACAACAAAUCUAAUCCAAAAGAAAAACUUAACACAUCCUUACUCGGAAUCGGAGGUGUCAGGAAACCUGUAUAUGUCUCGGAACACCUUUCUCUCGCCAACAGGAAGUUACAUGCAGCAGCACGUCAAAGAGCUAAAGAGCUGGGUUAUAAAUUUGUUUGGAUUAAGAAUGGCCGCAUAUAUGUAAGAAAGCUGGAAGAUUCAAAGUAUAUAAUUGUGAGGAAUACGGAUAGUCUUGACCUCAUUUGCUAA